GUAUUAACGAUGUGUUCAAAGUUUCUUAAAUUGACGUUUCGUUUCUGGAGGAUAAAGCUGUGGAGUCUGAACUAUUAUCUGGGUUUGACAGAAACAUUCAUUCACAGGAAUUCACUUUACUCAGACUUCUAUUUUUCCAUUCAGUGAUACAAAUACACGUUUAUUAGAUACAUGUUUACUACUAAUGAGAAUGGAAACUUAUUUGGGACGUAUUAAAGUAAGCCUGGUGCGUCAUUACGUCCGACGUCGUUACGUCACUACUAUCGCCGCCCCACUGAGGGAAAGCGCACAUUCCUAUUGUCCAAGAUGGCGGCGUUGGUGCAGCUCCUCUUGAUGCUGCUAUGUUUUUAAACGUGUCUAUGCUUUUAUUUCGACAUAAAUGCAAAACGGCCCCGCUUGCAGCGCGAGCUCUGAUUUUCCUAGACGGCCGCCUGCCGCGCAACCUUCGCUAACACUCCUGGAAUUCGCUCCCGGGGCCGGAUCCCGUUGCAGGCACCGAAAAGUUUGAGCUCUAUCAUCCGCUGGAAAUGAAGAGGCAGGCCGGGAGAGAGGCCAGUCCGUCCAGGGCCGUCGCCAAGCGGAUCCGCGAGAGGGAGCGAGAGGGCGCGCGCAGAGAGGAGCUGCCGCCGCCGCCGCUCGCUGUGCUGCUGGCGGAGAGCCGCGCGUAUCACCGCCGCAGCCGGAGCAGGGAGCGAGAGAAGCCGCGGCUGAGGGAGGAGCGAGCGGCCGCCCUGGAGCUCCACCACCGGCACGAGCUCAGCCUCCUCGGCCGCCCCCCGCUGCGCACCACGGCCGCGGAGCUGCCCGCCGCCAGGCCCGGAACCCUGGAGUACAAGACGCUGCUCAUCAGCAACCUGGGCUCUCAGGUGUCGGACGAGGACGUGGAGGACGCGCUGUUUCACGAGUUCAAGAAGUUCGGGGACGUGAGCGUGAAGCUGUCGCACACGCCGGAGCUGGGCCGGGUCGCCUACGUGAACUUUCGGCACCCGGAGGACGCCAAGGAGGCCCGACACGCCAAGUCCUCCAGGUUGGUUCUGGGAGAGCGCCAGCUCAAAGUGGAGCCCAUGUACGUGCGGAGGCGGAGCGUGACGCCGCCGGACGUGGGCUUCCUGCCCCUGCACGCGCCCUACCCCUACAGGCAGCGCUCCCUGUCCCCGCCGGGCCCCGGGGCCAGCGCCCUCAGAGACAUGCGAGCCCGGCACUACGCGCUGGAGACCCUGGGCCUGAGCAGAGAGCGGGAGCGGCUGCUGGAUUAUUACGGCAUGCUGGACGAGCGGGGCCGGCCCUACGGCUUCCCUCCCAUGCCUGUGGUGGAGGACCUGAAGCCAGAGGACGACCAGAGGGCCACCAGCAACCUCUUCAUUGGCAACUUGGACGGGAAUGUCACAGAAGCUGAGCUGAGGAGGGGCUUCGACAAGUACGGCAUAAUCGAGGACGUUGUGAUCAAGCGUCCAGCCCGCGGACAAGGCGGGGCCUACGCUUUUGUGAAGUUCCAGAACCUAGACAUGGCUCAUCGGGCCAAGGUGGCCAUGCAGGGCCGGCUGAUCGGCGGCAACCCCAUCAAGAUCGGCUACGGCAAAGCCAACCCCACCACCCGGCUGUGGGUGGGCGGCCUCGGACCCGCAAACUCCCUCGCCGCUCUCGCGCGGGAGUUCGACCGCUUUGGAAGCAUCAGGAACAUUGACUACGUGAAGGGGGACAGUUUCGCUUACAUCCAGUAUGAAAGUUUGGACGCUGCACAAGCAGCCUGCACUCAGAUGAGGGGCUUCCCCCUGGGGGGCCCUGAGCGCCGGCUGAGGGUGGACUUUGCUAAAGUGGAGGACAGCCCCUCUCGACCGUUCCCCCCUGGGUACCAGCCCCCUGUCGUGCUCCCCUCCCACUACGAGCUUCUGGGGGAGGCCUACAGUCGACAUCGCAGCCUGGAGCGGGAGCUGAGGGGGGGGCGGGAGCGCCUGUCACCCCCCUCCCAUAGCGCCCUCUCCCAGCGGGAAAGGGAGAGAGCGCUGCUGGAGAGGGACUUCCCCAGCAGCCCCACUCGUAGUCUGGAGAGGAGAGCAGGAGUGGAGGCGUUUGGGAGGAGCGGGAGAGGAGCGAGGAGCCGCAGCAGGAGCAGGGAGAGGUGGCUGAAGGAGAGGGAGGAGAGGAGGAACAGGAGGAAGAGCAGGAGCAGGAGUCUGUCCACAGAGAGGCAGACAGAGGAGCGGGAGAGGGACCGGGAGAAGGAGAAGGAGAGGGGGAGGUCCAGGGUUCGGGGGCCAGGAGGAGCCGUCUCUCCUGAUGCGAGCCCAGACAGAGCCCGGGUCCGAGCUCCGGACUCCACCACGGAGCCAAGAGACCACUCCCCCGACAGCGGUGGAGGGGGGCGUCACUCAGCCACCAACGAAGAAGAUCCGCUGCCUGGCCGAUACCACAGUAAGAGGUCGUCCAGCGAGCAUCUCAACAACCAUCACCAUAGAAACAGCGAGGUGGUCCCCGCCGGAUCCCCUGCCGCCCACACGGACACGCACACCUCCUCGUCCCCCGUCACGUUGUCAGAGUUCGCCCAGGCCUCUCUCUCCAAAAUGUGGCACGGCUUCUUUGCCCUGAAGAACAGCAGCUUCCCCACAGACCUGUACCUGCUGGAGGGGGGCUCCUCCUUCUUCAACACGGCGAUGAAGGACAGUCUAAAAGUGGCCAAUCCCAACCAGCCCAACCAGCUCAAGAUCGCACAGAGGCUCCGCAUGGACCAGACCCGGCUCGACGAGGUCUCUCGCCGCAUUAAACUGGGACGACCCGACGGCUUUGCCAUCCUUUUGGCCGUGCAGGGCCCCGUCGACCGCCAGGCCCCGGCCCCCGCCCCCGCCCCCGCCCCCGACCUGGGGCUGCAGGUGCGCUUGCUUCGCCACCUGGUGACCUACCUGAGGAACAAGGAAGCAGCCGGGGUGGUGAGCCUGCCCGCUGCUAAAGAGGGGGGGCCCGGGGCCAUGCUGUACGCCUUCCCCCCCGGAGAGUUCUCCCAGCAGUACCUGCAGGCUGCCAGGAGGACUGUGGGUAAUCUGGAGGAGGAGCACAUGGUGAUUGUGAUCGUCAAUGACACUAAUUAAUUAUGACACUACAGAGUCAACACGUGUACAGACACUGAACUGUGUGAGCUGUUGAAAAAGUGCAUUUCAUUGUUUUUACUGUAUCUUAUAAAUGUCACACUACAUCUGUGUUCCCUCCUCCUCCUCCCGCCCUCGCAUUUACAGGCUAACUAUUUACCAAGUUUUUUUGGGACGUGGCUGUAAAGACCCAUCUCACAGCAGAGAAGCUGUACAUGUAGAAUACUAAGCUGUAACAUACACUAAACUUGAGGAGGUUGCUUAUGCUUGUCCACUUUAUUUGUCCUUUCAUUUUAUCUGCAUUUACCAAGUUGAGUCCGGUACAAGUGCGACUCAGGUUUUCAUUAACGUGAUUGUACUGUAAGCUGAAUGGGAGAGUGAGACUGACUGCUCCCCUGAACCAACCUGUGACUGUAUUUGAACUAGCUAGUGCUUUUAUCAGUUGAAGCAUUCCAGUUGUUUUUGUUCAGGUCUCACUGUGUUUGCUCUGUUGCAUGCAGGAAAAGAAAAGCGUAUGUUUUCUUGUUUUAAAGACGUUUCGUCCCCUCACUGUCUGGUUCAGCUGUUUCACUGGUGCAGCGUCUGAUCAACAUACUGGUGCAGAGUGUUUAUUGUACACAGACUUUCAAUGAGUUUUAAUACAUAAAUGCAUCCACCCGUUCUCCAUCAACGCAUCUUUCCUGUUCACCUUCUUGGCCUUGAACGGCGUUAUCACACAGACACUUUUAGCCAAAUGAAACGAAGCCUGUAGCAGGUUAGAUGAGACUCGGCAUCUCCAGAUGUGAUAUGAAACAUUAGACGCUGCAGUUUUAGAAUAAAGACACGUUCUUCUCACUGAGAUGCACAGACUUCAUGGUGUAAACUUGUGCAAAUGUUUAUCAGAUUUUCAGGUGAUUUGUAUAUUGUGCAGCUUUGAACUUGUGAAUUUAUUUCCUUACAUUCAUUACAAUGUCUUCAGGCAUCAACAUCUGAACAUUCAGUUUACAGUGAUAAAGACAAUCUCCUAAUCCUGGAACCAUCAAAAGAAUCAGAUGAGUUACGUCCGAAACACUAAACCGGUCAUUAGAUGUGGGAGAAGUGUGUAAUUGUUCGUCAGGUGACAGAAAAGUGUGAAUGUGAAGCUGUGAGUCACGUACUUUAACUCUGAUGUUGUUCAUCUAUUCACUCAGGCCAACUGUCUGCAGAACCCUCCUGGUCCUAGAACAGAACGGGCCGGGCCCAGUUAAGCUUUGACUUGUUCUCAGUGUUGAGACGAUGAAGCUGAACCUUUGGACUAAUGGCUCCGUCUCUACAGCAGCUGCAGCACAGACAUCACUCGGUUUCAUGCUGAAAACAUCUUAUGUCACAGAACCCAAACAGCUGAUUGUUGUGCGUCGUUGGUGCCAGUGCUGGGAGCUAAAUCCAUGAAUGUGUGAUAAAGGUUUCAUACCUGUUAUUCCUGUCUUAUGUUAAUAUGUCAGUUUAUCUCACUGAUGUUUUCAGGUGAGUCCUAAAAAAAUCUAAUAUUUAAAUAGUUUCACUGCAAUUUCCCUCAUUCUGGAAGUUUCAGAACAUUUUUGAAAACAAGUUUAAGAUGGUUCCUCCUGGUGAUUGCUUUGAUUCGCUCAGCUCUCAACCAAUUAACAUAACAAAUGCUGCAGUAAAGAUAACUUCACCUGUUCAGGCUGUUCUCAUCACUGUCCUGGAUGAACGUCAGAAGUUCCCUCCCUCCGUAGCUGUAGUCGCUGCUUCAGCCCAGUUAGAGGAGCUCAACACGUCUGUGUCCCUCUGCUUCCGGCCGUGUCAAAGGUCACGGUUCUGACACCGCAACCGGACAUUUCGGUUCCCUUUUGUCCUUGUUACACAAACAGCAUCUGUCCCCUUCAUUAUGUGUUGGUUCAUUAAAUGUGAAAUAUGAACCAACGCUGUGCUGCGUUCUAACCCAGUCAGACACAUGGUGAUGCUCGGGUUUUGUACACUGUCGCUCUUUGGUUAUGGUUUUGUGUCACAUAGAAAUGUGUUCUGUACUAAAAUAUGUAAGAAACAUUUUAUGUCCUU